GUGCAGGAGGAAAUAAUGGAGGAAGAGCAGCUGAUGGAAACGAUUGAAGGUGAGACAAUUAUUAUGACAGAAGAGAACGUAGUAGUGGAUGAGGGAACCGGCACAACGGUGCUGGUCGAUGGCGAAACACUGGUGUACAUCGAGGAUGAAGCGGGCGGUGGAGAAACGGUGGACAGUUCGGGCGGUACGAGAAAAUCGAAAAGGCAGGUAAAGGCGACGAACAAAUUCCGCGACUUUGUCGUUGAUGCACUGCUGCCGAUGAAUCAGCCCGUGCGCACAUAUUCCAGUGUACGAACUCCGAAAAGAGUGCCGGCGAUAAGUGGUCUUCAGCCAGGAACAAGCAAACAGCAGCGUACCACCGCUGCACCAUAUGAGACCACGAAAGAAGUACAACCGUCGACAUCAUCGACGGCGCGUGGCGGAUCGAUCGGUGCAAAAAGGGGAAGGAAAAAGAAAUCUGUCGUUAACACGAUACUGGACAUUGCUGCCGUUGAUCCGACCGAUGAAACGAUUCAGCUGCCCCAGCCGGAAGAGAGAAAUAAUACGCUCAUAUCGCUACGGAUCGAUGGAACGGUGUUUGGUGAUGAUGAUAGUAUACAUAGCUCCAGCUCACAGGAACUGGGUGAAACGACCCUUCCGAUUAGUAGCGGUGCUAACAAAGGGGGCAGAAAAUCACGCAGUUGCCUUACGAGCAGUGAAUCGGAAAGACCCGCUGGCUCUACGUUCAUAAGACGAUCGUACAAAACGGCUCAAAGUUCCAGCAUUACUUCGGAUGUGAAGUUGGAUGAUUCUGCCGCCGAACCGGAACAACCGAGUGCAUCGCAAGAAAGCAAGGAGCAGGUGGGACCGGCCGCAGUUUCGGAACCGGUUGAGGAUGAUGAAGAUGUGAUUGUACUGCAGGCUGAUGAAAUCAUUAACGAUGCACUGGAUAGACCAACAUCCGGUAGAGGUAGUCGAGGAGGGCGUGGUGGUAUUCGGGGCGUACGUGGAGGUCCUCGAGGUGGUGGUCGUGGUAGUCGUGGUGGAAGGGGAAGUAGAGGAGGAGGACGGGGAGCAGGUCGUGGAAGAGGAGCUGUCCGGAACAUGAUGUCGCAAGAGGUUGAGCUAAUUGAAAGUAAUCUACCCGCCGAGGUCACACCGGAUGAGGCAACACUUUCGCAGGAAUCAGCUAUAGACGUUGCGAAUGUUGCCCCGGAACAAGUGAUUGUAGUUGAACCAGCUGUGACGGAUGUUCCUAUCGUGGUAGAUGAAAAACUGGCACGGCGCGAAACAGUUCCACCUGUACUAACGGAUACAGAUGUUAAACAAGAGAAAACAGCUGAUGAAAUGCAAUUGACAGCCAAACAUGUUGAAGCAGAAUCCACAAUCACCGCAGAACUUUGUAACGCCGAAGUGCAACAAGAUGAAAUUGCUAGCGUGGAAACUUUUACCGAAAAACAAGCAAGUUCCACAGAUGCCUUGCCAUCAGAUGCUAAACCAACCACCAUUUUGGAUAAUGUGCAUCUUCCUGACACACGAGUAGAAGAGCAAAACUCUUAUAAAGCAACAGAAAUUGCAGCUGAUCAGCCUCAAGAAGAAAAACCUGUUCAACAAGAUCAAAAUAUCAGGCCAAAGUCAGGGGAAACCCCAAUGGAGAGCCGAAGCAAUUCUGACGUGCAAGAUCGGAAUAUCCUCGUAGAUAUCGAUAAAUUCGAACGAGAGCAACGUCCUGUAGUACAGCAGGAAGCACACAAAAAAGAGAAACGCGACCCGGAAACAAAGCCGGUUAUUGAUGUGGCAACUACAAAGAAAGGCAAAGAUCGUCUUUCAAAAGAUUCCCCGGCUAGCAAGGACAAAUAUCGUUCGGAAAAAUCUACCCAUCAGGAGGAACGUUCACGUGAUCCUCGUAAAAAGGAUAAGAAACGAUCGGAAGAAGAUACCGGCAAGCGGAUGCAAUCGAAGGAACGAAGCGAGGAAAAGCACGAUCGGCGCCAUGCAAGUGAGCGAAAGCUUAGCUUCGAUAGGCAGUCGUCGGAUAAGGCUACUGUGGAUCGUGAAUCCAUCGGAAGCACAACAACAAGUGAGGAGAAAAAUAGAAAGAAGCACAGUGAAAAGAAAGCACCCGAGGCGACCGUUAUGCCAGAACCGAAGGAGAAGACCGGUUUUACGGAGAGCAUGCCUAUAAGCAAAAAGCGUCCCUCGGUGGUUCCUCAACGUCCAGAUAAACCGAAAAAAUGUUUCGAAUCGGAGCUGAAAGCAUUGGAAUUGCAACCAAUAUCCCGUAAGCCGGCUGACGAUUCUCGCCGCCGUACCGAGACAAAAGAACGCGAUGAUUCUUCCUCAUCAUCCUCCUCUCACCGAAAGGAUCAUAAACAGCACAUCAGCAGCAGUAGCAGCAGCAAGCACCGGAGCUCAUCAAAAUCAUCCUCAUCGGGUGAUACGAAUCCUCGGAAGCUAGAUGUCAAUACGAGCGGAAACAGCAGUAGCAGCGGUAAAAAGCCGGCAAGAGAUGAGAAACAUCGCGGUGAAGGCGGCGAGAAGGAACGUGGUCGAAAAAGUAGUGCAGGAGGUUUCCUACAAGAGGAAACCAAUCGUGACCGUUCGAUUACGAAGAAAUCGAAAUCGAAAGAUAAGCGCGAUUCAUCGAAAGCGUCAAAAAAUUCUGCAUAUCCAGAAGAAAAAGGGUUUCCAGUAUUGGUUGAAAACCCGGUUUCGGAGAUUCCACAGAAGAAACCCGAGGAACAAAUUGUUGGGCAUGGUACGGAGCUUCCCCAAAAUGAUCCUCAAAUGGUUGAUAUCCGGAAAGCGUCUCCAGAGGCGCCGAAGAUCGUUACAAAAGCAUCGUUGAAGAUGUACAAAAUGGAGGAAACUAUUGAUGCGCCUAUAGUAGAAGCAGAACAAGCGUCAAUAAUGGUUGCAAAACCAGUGGAAAUAGAAGAGCCUAAGGUUGUUGAAGUCAAACAAGAAGAGCGACCAGUACAGCUCCCUCUUAAAGAAGAGGAAUCGUUUGUCCCAGAACCGGUGUCAAUUGAAGCGAAAAUAGAAUCAGAAGAUGUAAAGUAUCAUAUAGAAAGUAAGACAGAGGAAGAAGUGGACGAGAUCUUUAGCGAGGCGGAAACACUACGCUCGGAAUCGGUGGCGGGAUUGUCGGAUAAUGAAGGAAGCUGUCUGUCGAGUGGUGGACUCCCAUCAGAGGAUGAUUCCGGUGUUCGUUCCAGUGCAAGCUCCCCGUUCGAUGUUAUGUCCUGCGAUGAAACGAAUCCGGCAAUUGCUAGUGGCCCAGCACUUCCUCCCGAAGAAGAUCGUGAUGCACUGCGUGUCGACAAGGUACGGCUGGUGGAAAGCUACAUCGACGAUGGAGUUAUUCGACGAUCUACUCGCAUCAAGACGAUUAGCUCGCAAAAACAACGCACCAGUGGACAUGGUUUGGUACGCGACAAGGAUAGGUUGAUGAAGAAAUCGAGCAUUGGCUUUGAUCCGUACGCAGUUCCAUCAGGCGAGAUGGUAGGAUAUCCAGCUGGAGAGUCAGGACUGCAAGGAGGCCAGGUUCUCCAAGGAGGAAUUGCUGGCAAUUCUAGUGGUCCAGCCUGGCCCGUCAUUGCAAACGAAGGUGACAGUGCGAACGUGGAACUGUCGGAAGAGUAUCUGCGGGAUAUGGAGGAAAAGCUGAGCCGGUUCGAAACGAUCCGCGAAAACAUCUAUCACAGCGAUCGGAUUGUGAGUAAGGAGGCGAAAAAGAUGACGUGCGAUUGUUUUCUCACCUCGGAAGAGAUUGACCGGGGUGAGCAUGGAUGCGGAGAGGAUUGUCUUAACCGGUUGCUUAUGAUUGAGUGUGGAUCACGCUGUACCGUUGGUGAUCGGUGUACGAAUCGUCGGUUUCAGCGUCAGGAAUAUGCUCACUGUCAGGUGUUCCGGACGGAGAAGAAAGGUUUCGGCAUACAGGCGAGUACUCCGAUCGCACCGGGGGAGUUUAUUAUGGAAUACGUCGGCGAGGUUUUGAACAGUGCGCAGUUUGACGAACGGGCGGAAGUAUACUCGAGGGAAAAGAAUAAGCAUUACUAUUUCAUGGCACUGCGAAGUGAUGGGAUUAUUGAUGCAACGACGAAGGGUAACAUCUCACGGUUUAUUAACCAUUCGUGUGACCCGAAUGCUGAGACACAAAAAUGGACGGUUAAUGGAGAGUUGCGGAUUGGUUUCUUUAGCACGAAGUACAUUCUGCCGGGUGAAGAAAUUACCUUCGAUUAUCAAUUUCAACGGUAUGGACGGAAGGCGCAAAAGUGUUACUGUGAGGCAGAAACGUGUCGCGGUUGGAUCGGAGCGAAACCUACCGGAGAAGGAGGCGAUUCGGAUUAUGAGGAGGUGGAUGACGAUGAAGAUGAGGAGGAAGGUGAGGACGAGGAAGAGAGUGAGGAGGAAGGACAGAAGCAGGAUCAGGAUGCAACGGCGAUCUCGUCGGAACCAUCGGCACAACCUGGAAAGCCUGCAAAGGCAGCUCUGGCAGCUGCGGCCAACGAGCGAGCUGAUGGAGUUAAAAGUGAUCUAGAAACGGGUGUUCCAACAACCUCAGCUACAUCUGUGAUGCUGCCGGAGAAAACGAAAAAGACUCGCAAGAAGCGUACAACGAUUCGCAAAAAGCGGCGUCUAGAAAUUCACGAAGAUCCUGAUCUGGACGAGGAAAUUAAUAAUCUUCUCAAGACUGGGCUCAAGAAUCAAGCCCACACACUGAAACUCUCUCGACUGAUGGUGCGCGCAAAGGACAUCAAGUCACGCAGCCGGCUUCUUACGUUGCUUCAGAGUGGUGAGCUUCCCUGCCGUCGUCUAUUCCUCGAUUAUCACGGCCUACGACUGCUAUACGGGUGGAUUUGUGAGUCAACCGAAUCGAUCGAAGAUCUCAAGUUUCGCAUACAAAUCCUGGACACACUGGACGGACUUCCCAUCUCCAACAAGACGAUGCUGAAGGACAGCAAAAUACUGCAUACUGUGGAAAAGUGGGCACGAGUCGAGAAAGGAAAGCAUGCCGCUGGAGCGUCGGUAUUGAAGGAAGAACCUGCGCCGCCGAUGGCUCAACCAGCCACAACUGAGCUGAAGCUUGAGAAGGAAGUAUCACGAACGAGUUCACCGAGUGAUAAUAGUAACGGGGCUGGUAGUGAUAGCAGCAACCAAGCGUCUACGACGACCACGACGACAACGGAACGGCAACAGCAAGCGUCCAAAAAAGACGUUCUUGGCAGUGUGGAGGUACUGAAGAACAUGCCGGAGUUACUGAAGCUGGCCGAUUUAGGGAAAUUGAAGGAGAUUAUCAGUACUUGCGAUAAGGAGGUCGAAAACAAAGAGAAAGCGGCAGCUGCAGCCGCCGCAGCCGCUGCUGCUGCUGCUGCAGCUUCAACGUCCGAUUCGAUCGCUGCCAGUGUCCUGCCGUCCGACAUUAAAAUUCCCGAACCGGAAGAUGAAAACGCACCGGAAGAGCAACGCCUCGGAACGCAGAUACGAAUCCUUUCCUGCAAGCUACUUAUCAGCUGGCAAAACCUUAAGGAAGUGUUCCGCAUCCCGAAGAAGGAACGUAUCGAGCAGAUGAAAGAGCACGAGCGGGAAGCGGAUAUGCGGUACCAGGCUCUAGGGUUGGAAAAUGACGAAAAGGACGAAAAGCACCACCGGCAUCGGGAUAGUCGUGGCUGGGGAGGAGACAGUCGUGGAUUGCGAGGCACUGAGCCCAAACGCCGUCGCUCACUGGACGAUCGCGAUGGUCCGUAUGGGUUGAGUAGUAAACUGAAGCGACCACCUCCAGGUCCACCCGGUUUGGGAGGUUAUGCUCCGCUCAAGCAGGAUAACAUGUCCAAGCAACAGCGACGCAUGCUGUUCGAGAUGAAGGUCGCUCAGGAGGAGGCGGAUCGGCGCAAAAAGGAGAUGUGGAUGAUGCACGAAAACGCGUGCCUACGGUUCGGGUUGAAUCCACAUCUCACCGCACCGAUGGACAUACCGGUGCGUAUGAAUCCUGCUACCGGGGAAUACUUUUCGGAAGAUGAUCGUUUGCUACCAACACCGCCCAGCCAUGCGUACAUGAAGAUACAACCACCACCGAUGUCAACCAAUCCGGAUGAUUAUGAGCUGCCGCCGAUGAAAUUACCACCCUACUGGAGGUUUGCGAUUGAUCAGUACGGCAGGAUCUAUUACUUCCACGUGAAGGAACGCGUGCCACAGUGGGAACCACCGAAGAAACCAGGCCGGGCGGCGGGAACGUUUGCGGAUGAGGAUGUUUCGAUCAGUUCCGAUUCGAGUACGACCGAUACGUGUGAUUCGAGUGAGGAGGAGCUGGCGGUACAGCUAGAACAGUUGCUGAAGAAGAAACGGAAGCAGCAGUCGAGCUUUAAUUUGGACGAUGUGUUGGCGAAACCGGACGACAUGAACGAGGACAUGUCGAAGGUGUCGAUAAAGCGUGAAGGGUCCGGCGAAGGUUCACCACAGAUGCUAACGCUGGAGGAAAUAUUCGGUGAAACGACUACAAACACCACCACACCGGACGAAGCCGCCUUGCAGCAACUCUUGCCGAGAAGGAAAAAGAAACACAGUACAAAGCUGGUGCAGGCUCGAAUUAUUAGUCCUCGAACAGAGGAGGACAAACAGUACGGUCAGAUGGAAAUGAAACGGUACAAAGAAACGAAGGAAAAGCUACGCAAGCGAAAGGAGGAAGCGAAACGGCUAAGGGCUCGCAGCGUAUUCUCCAAAUCUCUCACCGAUAAUCCAUUUGGUGGUCCACUGGAUAAAACUGCUCUAGGAACAGCGAAUCCCACUGCAUCGGAUGUGGCUGGUGGCAGUGGUAUCGGUGGUGUUGGUGGUGUCGGUACCGCUGGUGAUGCUUCACUGAUGGACGAUGAUCUCGUCGUGUCGCACAAGAUCGUCGAGGACAAGUGUAUCGUGGAUGAGCUAGAUAUACUGACCAAAAAGAAAAAGAUCUCCCCGUACGAAGAAUGGAAGAAGGUACAGCAACGUUUGGGCAAGAAGCGCAAAUCGGCGGAAGAAUCGGCGAAUGAAAGUAAUGUGGCAAGCAGUGUGGUGCCCUCGGCAGUGCCAUCAGGCCAAACAACCGGUGGAGUUACACCGGUACCGAGUGCUGAAGGGCAGGGUGGAAAUUCGGCGGCUGCAUUGUCCGCAAAGCUGGCCAAACGGAAAAAAUCAAGCAAGGGAGAUCUGAACAGUGAGGAGGCGAAGAAAAUUAAGGAAAAGUUCCGGGUGGACAUUGCCGGCGUAAUUGUGCAGCAUUUGGGCAGCUAUCGGAAGGAUAACUGCCCGCUCGGUCGUAUUACGAACAAUGAAGAUUUUAAGCAUCUUGCACGCAAGUUAACACAUUUUGUAAUGCUGAAGGAAUUGAAGCACUGCGACAAUACCGUUCACGAGCUGGAGGUGACGGAUUCCGUUAAAACGAAGGCACGAGAGUUCAUCAAGAAGUACAUGGCCAAGCAUGGACCGGUGUACGUGCGAGGUGAAAACGAGCCGGAUUAUUCAAAUGUCGCACUUUAAUGUUAAACAAACAG